UUAACUUGAUUUAUAUUUUAUUACAUAACUGAUUUAUUAUCAACAUUUUUAUUUAUUUAGUACAUUAAAUCGCACAUUCAUUUGUUUAGUUGUGCAUUUGAUACACCACAUUUGUAUAAGUUUUAACAGAGAAUAAUUAAAGAAAUAUUUAUUAUAUAAAAAUAUGUGGGCUGGAGAAGUUGAAAAAGAAGCUGCAGCUUUGGUAGUUCAUACGUAUCCAUUAUGUAAAGUAAAUUAAAAUAAUUUAUAACAAUGUUACAUUUUCAAUUUAAGUAUUUUAAUUUUAAUUACAACAGAGACUUUAUAGCAUAGUGACAUGCCGGAAGAAAUGAAGCAAGAGGCUAUAGAAACUUGUGUCACUGCUGUGGAAAAAUACUCUGAAAAUCAUGAACAAGCAGCUCGUAUGAUCAAAGAUAAUUUGGAUAAAAAAUUCGGACCACCUUUCCAAAUAGUUGUCGGAGAAGCAUAUUCAUGUGCAAUUACGUAUGAAGAGAAGUCACUGUUACAUAUGUUUAUUGGAGGCAAUAUAGCUGUUCUUGUAUGGAAGACGAUUACAAAUUUUUAAUAAACAUUGAACUAAAUACUUAAUUGUAUCUUUACAUAUUAAUUAUGUGUGAAUGUUUUAAAAAUAUAUGUUAUGUUAUAUCUAA